AUGGAGGCUUGCAGUGCGUUGAGUCAAAGCGAAUUCGGGAUGAUACGUAAGCGAUCUCUUGAGCCUUCACGGAAGGUCGUUCGUUCGUGUUCUCCUCUGUUGCGACAAAUCGUGGAGUCGAAAGAGUCCAACCCGGUGGUUUUUAGGGAUGCCGUAACGGUCCCUUUGGCCCGGCCACAUGUCACGGGCGCUUCUCGGGAUUGGUCAUCGGGAAUUGGGUUCUUGCCCAGCCGACUUCCCGAACUGCCGUAUCACAUAUUUAUUUCAUCAAACGUCAAUCACCAAGGCCAAACGGGAUGGUUGCGAGAACAGGGUAUCCAAAGUGCCGGCGGAUAUGAGUUUACUUCUGGUGCGCAACCCAAAAGCUGA